AAGAGCCUGUCAAAAUUAGACAGAAACUUUAAAAUUAUCGUUAAUUUGGUACAAUGUCGUGAAUAUAAUGGUGAAAUGUCCGAAAAUCCUCCAAAAAACUUGAAAGAUUUUAACAAAUAUGACGGAAAUCAAGCCUCGAGAGACGACUCAGAUUUAUUGCAUUCAAAUUCAACUCCUAAUUUGAAAAGAAAGAGAAGCAUUCACAGCGAUACUCGUUUGAACGAACUUAAUGUGAACAAAUCUGAAUCCGAAGUGAAAAAACGAAAAAAAGAUGGAAUAAAACAAACCUCGGCUUCCGCUGUAGCCUCUUGUAGCAAAGAACACAGUUUUAAAUCGUUUGAACCAAAUUCUUCUGACCUUAAGAAUUUCCUCCAGGAAGAGCUGACAUGCAGCAUUUGCUCCGAAUUGUUUAUUGAUGCUGUUACACUUAAUUGUUCCCAUAGUUUUUGUCAAUUCUGCAUUGUAAAAUGGAUGAAAGAGCAGUCUACAUGUCCCGUAUGCAGAAAGGAAAUCGGCUGUAGGAAUUGUUCUCUUGCUCUUGAUCGAUUUGUUGAAAAACUGGUGGAAUUUUUACCCGAAGAAUCAAAAAAUCACAGGAAAACGUUGAAAGAAACCAGAGAAAAUCAAAAGGAAUGUGAUGUUCCCCCAGUGCUGGAUCCAGCUGAUCCAGAUACGGAACAGUUGAUAAAUGACUUUCUAUGCUGGUUUGGCAUAUCUGAGUUCAUGGAGAUUUUCGACAUGAGGAAUCAGGAUGAAGACCAGAUAAAUUAUAAUCAUAAUGAAAAUUGUACAAUAAACUGAAUUGAAAAUUUG